CUCAUAUCAAAUGUCAAAAUAGUCAAAAAGAAAGAAAAGACAUUUCGUUUUCUAAAUAAAUUGUUUACUUUACCACAGAAUUUGGUUUGGACUAGUAUGGUGUUGCAAUAAAUAUAUAAGAAAUAUUUAGUUUUGGACGGCUAAAAGGUUGUGUGCCGUCUGACGAUUGCUUAUAGAUAAUAAGUUCAUCUGUAUUCAUUAAAAUGACUACAGCCGCUCGGCCAACAUUCGAGCCAGCUAGAGGGGGAACAGGAAGGAAUGAAAAGGAUUUGAGUGCCAUUUCCAGACAAUACUCUAGUAGAGAUUUGCCUGGACAUACCAAAUUGAAAUACAGGGAGCAUGGACAAGGUACAGUGGACGAAACCAGGUCACGAGAUUUCCGCAAAGAACUUGAAGAGCGAGAGAGGGAAAAAAGACAUGGAGUUCGAGGAUCUGACCAUAGCAAGAGGCUGAAACUGGACCAAGUACCAGCUGCCAGCUUAGAUGCAGAUGAUCCACUGGAUGAAGAAGAUUCUGACUCAAGUGAUGAUGAUGAUGACACAGAGGCUCUGCUAGCAGAGCUCAACAGAAUUAAAAAAGAAAGAGCUAUAGAACAGGCCAAAAAAGAAGUAGAGAGAAGACAGGAAGAAGAAAGGAUCAGAAUGGAAAACAUCCUGAGUGGAAACCCUUUGUUGACUCAUUAUUCUUCUGGUGGAGGAAAAAUUGAUCACAAAGUUAAAAGGAGAUGGGAUGAUGAUGUAGUGUUCAAGAAUUGUGCUAAAUCUCAGCCAGAGAAAAAACCAAAUGUGUUUAUCAAUGAUUCCUUGCGUUCAGAGUUUCACAAAAAGUUUAUGGAGAAGUACGUCAAAUGAAUAAUCUUGAUAGCUCAGCAAAGCAAGAGAGAAG